AUGGAAUGGUUUGAGGGCGAUGCUGAUUUUUGUCAUGUGCCAAAUGCUGCCUCUGCGGUUCUCAUUGACUCGACAAAAGGGAGAUUGAGGGUUCCAUUGUUUCUAUAUUGCAUCAGCAAAAUGAAUUAUCUCUGUUGUCGUUAUUCUUCUUCGGAUCAUUCAGCAAUUUUAUGCUUUACAACAUGGACUUUAUUUCUAUUAAAAGUUCUCGAAAUUUUAAUGCAGAUGAAUGUCAUUAAUUAA